AUGGACGCAACGUCCUUUGCCAUCCCAUCCAGCUCGGUCCAAGCCGAUUCCUCCACGGCAUCAUUACACACAGCUACCAAGCCCAAGCCCUGCUGUGUUUGCAAGGACGAGAAAUCGAAACGAGACGAGUGCAUGCUCUUCUCCAAGGCGCCAAACCCGGCCGCCGACUGUAAAUCCUUUGUCGAACAGUACAAGACGUGCAUGGCUGGUUUUGGAUACAAGGUGUAA